ACUGACGUUCGACGUAGCGCCGCGACGCAAGGCAGGCCCAGUCACGUCUUCCCCGAGGAGGGAUGGAACGGCCCGCAGCUGGGGCCGUCUCGCAGGUGGUGCUGCCUGGGGAUGUGCUUACCUUCCCUCCCAACUCCGGGGAUAGGGUCUUGUGCGGGCCCGGCCUGAGGCGACAGGGCUGUGGGCAGUUGUCCGGACAUGCUCUGGUGGCCUGCAAGUCCGGCGUGCUCCGGCACAAGGAGCCCUCCGUCUACUGGGUGGAGUCGCAGCAGAAACGGUAUGUGCCAGCUAAAGGAGAAUACGUGAUAGGAAUUGUGACUGUGAAGUCUGGUGAUAUAUUCAAAGUUGAUGUUGGAGGAAGUGAGCAAGCCUCGUUAUCAUAUUUAGCAUUUGAAGGAGCUACCAAGCGAAAUCGACCAAAUGUCCAAGUUGGAGAUCUUGUUUUUGCACAGUUCGUUGUGGCCAAUAAAGAUAUGGAACCGGAACUAGUUUGCAUUGACAGCUGUGGCCGAUCUAAUGGGAUGGGAGUGAUUGGACCAGAUGGAUUAUUAUUUAAAGUUUCCCUGAGUAUUGCACGCAAGCUCCUUUCCCCAAACUGUGAAGUCAUGAAGAAUCUCGGGGAAUUGUAUCCAUUUGAAAUCGUGGUUGGAAUGAAUGGACGGAUAUGGGUAAAAGCCAGAACACUGAAGCAUACUUUAUUAGUAGCUAAUGUAUUGGAGAGCUGUGGGAACAUGACUGCAGAACAAAGGAGACAUGUCUUCAAAAAACUGUCGGAAAAUGUGCCAUAAAUUGAAGACUCACCUGAUUUCAGUAUGAGUGUUUUGAAGUUGACCUGUCCAUUGAAGAAACGUGCAGCACUGGAAGAAAAAUGGUCUGGAUUAUAAAAUGAACAGUUUGCCUCAUGACUUUUUUUUAUAACUAAUAAAUGUUUUGGUUAUUAAA